UUACCCUAAAUUGGGCGCUCGCCGGGGCCGCCUGAGAAGCGCUUGGUUCUUAGCGACGAUCUGGGUGUGGGUCCUGGACCGGAGAAGGUUUGGGGUUUACUGGCCUUCCUCCUUCUGAAGACCGGAGGCCGGCUGCCAGGGGUAGGGAAGCUUGAGGCCUGAGACAGAGUUCCUUCCUGUUUCGCCAGUUCGGCCGGCGGGAGCUUUCGGGGAAGCGCGGAAGGGAGGGAGGGGUGCGCGCUCGGUGAGCGGCGCCUUCCGCCUGGGCGUGGCCGCUGCGCCCCACCCUGCCCUGCUGCCUCAGCGGUGCUCGCGGCUCUUCCGGCCGCAGUCCGGUUGGUUAGAAGUGGAAACUGAUGCACUGAAGGCACGUGUACUUGAAUGUUCAGCGGAGAAGGGCUUAAAUAUUGGAAAAGAACUCCUAGCAUUUUAAGGGAUUUGUGUCUAUUUCCGAAGCUGACUUUUGGCCGCCAUCCGACGCCGGUACCUUGGGAUUCGUGAGCUUCUCUCGCCAUCCUGCGGCUCCACCAUGCUCUGUUGGUUAAAUCGGCUGCACGGGGCAUUAUCCGCACCCACCGGAAGGAUCGCCCACCUGAGGCCGAGUUCUCUCCGCCGGAGGCUGGCGCUCAGUUCACAGAGGAGAAUUCCAGAAUUCAGUAGCUUUGUUGCUCGGACCAACACAUGUGGAGAGUUGCGCUCUUCUCACUUAGGCCAAGAAGUCACUUUGUGUGGAUGGAUUCAGUACCGAAGGCAAAACGUCUUCCUGGUCCUAAGGGAUUCCCAUGGGCUUAUUCAAGUUGUCAUCCCCCAGGAUGAGUCAGCUGCUUCUGUGAAGAAGAUUUUAUGUGAAGCUCCUGUGGAAUCGGUGGUACGAGUGUCUGGGACAGUAAUUUCCCGACCUCCAGGACAAGAGAAUCCAAAAAUGCCAACAGGUGAGAUUGAAAUCAAAGUUAAAACAGCUGAACUUCUGAAUUCCUGCAAGAAGCUGCCCUUUGAAAUUAAGGACUUUGUGAAGAAAACAGAGGCUCUUCGUUUGCAGUAUCGCUACUUAGACUUACGUAGUUUCCAAAUGCAAUAUAACCUGCGACUGAGGUCCCAGAUGGUCAUGAAAAUGCGGGAAUAUCUCUGUAAUCUACAUGGAUUUGUGGAUGUAGAAACACCAACAUUGUUUAAGAGGACUCCCGGGGGUGCAAAAGAGUUUGUAAUACCAUCUAGGGAACCUGGGAAGUUUUAUUGUCUCCCUCAGAGUCCUCAACAGUUCAAACAACUUCUAAUGGUUGGUGGUUUAGACAGGUAUUUUCAGGUUGCCCGGUGUUACCGAGAUGAAGGUUCAAGACCAGACCGACAGCCCGAGUUUACUCAGAUUGACAUAGAGAUGUCUUUUGUAGACCAGACCGGCAUCCAGAGUCUAAUUGAGGGCUUGCUCCAGUAUUCCUGGCCAAGUGACAAAGAUCCUGUGGUAGUUCCUUUUCCUUCUAUGACUUUUGCUGAGGCAUUGGCCAGCUAUGGAACUGAUAAACCUGACACUCGCUUUGGGAUGAAGAUUGUAGAUAUUAGUAAUGUGUUCAGAAACACAGAGGUUGGAUUUCUUCAAGAUGCACUUAGUAAACCCCAAGGAACUGUCAAAGCCAUGUGUAUCUCUGAAGGAGCAAAAUACUUGAAAAGGAAGGACAUUGAAUCCAUUAGAAAAUUUGCAGCUGACCAUUUUAAUCAGGAAGUCUUACCUAUAUUCCUGAAAGCCAAUAGAAACUGGAAUUCUCCAGUUGCUAAGUCCAUAAUGGAGGAGCAAAGAUCAGGACUAACGAGACUAAUGGAAAUCCAAGAGGAUGAUGUGGUCCUGCUAACUGCUGGAGAGCACAAGAAAGCAUGCUCUGUGCUGGGAAAAUUAAGACUGGAAUGUGCUGACCUUCUAGAAGCAAGAGGAUUGGUGCUUCGUGACCCAGCUCUCUUCUCUUUCCUUUGGGUUGUGGAUUUCCCACUCUUCCUUCCCAAGGAGGAAAAGCCUGAAAAGCUGGAGUCAGCCCACCACCCAUUUACUGCUCCUCACCCCAGUGAUGUCCAGCUCCUAUACUCCGAACCUGAGAAGGUCCGUAGCCAACACUAUGACUUGGUUUUAAAUGGCAAUGAGAUAGGAGGUGGUUCUAUCCGAAUUCAUGAUGCGGAGCUCCAGCGUUACAUUCUGGCAGAGUUACUAAAGGAAGAUGUGAAAUUGCUUUCCCAUCUGCUCCAGGCUUUAGAAUUUGGGGCACCCCCUCACGGAGGAAUUGCCUUAGGGUUAGACAGACUGAUCUGCCUUGUCACUGGAGCACCAAGCAUCAGAGAUGUCAUAGCCUUCCCUAAGUCCUUCAGGGGGCAUGACCUCAUGAGCAAUGCCCCAGAUUCUCUCCCUCCUGAGGAACUAAAGCCCUAUCAUAUCCAAGUCUCCUGGCCAGCAGACUCAGAAGCAAAAAAGAGCUCAUUGAAUCAGCCAUACUGUCCAGAAAGUUGAGCUUUUGGGUAUCGUCUGCAUUGCUUCCUGAGGCUAAAAACAGACGCGGACUUCUGCCAGGGGUCUGAUAAGCAGGUCAUUAGGUGGGAGGAAUCCAGACCAUGUUCUCACCACAAUUAAGAAACAGAAGGUAUCCGAUUUUGACUUGAUAACAUGCAUUAUUAGGAUUUUUGGGGACUUUUUUUUCAGUUUCUGUUAUUUGGAGAGGUGUGAAAAUGAUCCUUUGUCUGAAUAAUAUACUAGCUUAGUGUUUUCUCAUCAUGUUUUUCGUGCUUGGAUAGUAGAUUGUUCACUUAAGACAGAAGUAAUCAGACCAUGUGAAAUGUGGGGAAAUGCUUGCCCUUUAGACUAGUCAGUUGUUGGAGGGGUCAAUUCAACCACCCUCAUCAAGAGAGUCUACAAAUUAAGCUAGAUAGUGACCUUUCAACUAUUAGCAUAAUAUAGUAAGAAACAUCAUGAUAUAAUGCAAAAAAAAAAUUACUGAAAUGAAGUCACAGAAUCUUAGCGUUUCACCUUGAGGAAGUUACAUAAGCCUCCUUUCCUGCUUAUAUGAAACGGAAACACUACUUGCUCUGGCUACCUCACGGGGCUCUCCUUGCCAGAGCUAGAGAAAAUGAUGUAUAUGAAAGGAAAUGUAAGUGAAAAAGCUUUGAAAAACUAUAAAGCAUUGUACAAAUGUAAGAUAAUGGUAUCAUUUAUCUGUAAACAGAUACAAGUAUAUCUAUGUAUCUUAUAGCCUAAGAUUAAAUAAAACUGAUAUCUAAUAGUAUAGGAAAAACAGUAAUUUUAUUAAUUAGCUUUCUGUUUCUUUUUUUUUUUAAUAUUUUAUUUAUUUAUUCAUGACAGACACACAGAGAGAGAGAGAGAGAGAGGCAGAGACACAGGCAGAGGGAGAAGCAGGCUCCAUGCAGGGAGCCCGAUGUGGGACUCGAUCCCGGGUCUCCAGGAUCAUACCCCGGGCUGAAGGCGGCGCCAAACCACUGGGCCAUUGGGGCUGCCCUCUAUCUUUAAAAAUAAUUAUUGGGGUGCCUGGUUGGGUCAGUGGAUAGAACAUGCAGCUCUUGAUCUUAGGGGUGUAAGUUCCAGCCCCACAUUGUAUGUGAAGAUUACUUAAAAAUAAAGUCUUUAAAAAAUAAUAAAACAAUAAUAAUCCCUAAAUAGCAUUUCUCCUCAAUCAUAAGUAAUUGAAAAUACUGAUCUUGGGCCAACCUCAAAUAUAUAGAAAAGUGAACACCGACUAUUGUAAUUUUCUUACACAUUCUAUGACAUAAAUAAAAUUUAUACUUAAUCAUUAUGAAAUGA